CUCAUUUUCAACUUUGCGCCUCUCUCUCUCUCUCUCUCUCCUCUCGAUCUCGAUAUCUCUCUGCAGCAAAACCCUAGAACUGAAAAUGCGUGAGAUUCUUCACAUCCAGGGAGGCCAAUGCGGUAACCAGAUCGGAGCCAAGUUCUGGGAGGUGGUCUGCGCCGAGCACGGCAUAGACUCCACCGGGCGCUACCAUGGCGACUCUGAGCUUCAGCUCGAGCGAGUCAACGUCUACUACAACGAAGCCAGUGGUGGUCGAUAUGUUCCUCGAGCUGUGCUCAUGGAUCUGGAGCCUGGCACCAUGGACAGCAUCAGAUCUGGGCCAUAUGGCCAGAUCUUCCGACCUGAUAACUUCGUUUUCGGUCAAUCGGGUGCUGGAAACAACUGGGCCAAAGGCCAUUACACUGAGGGUGCAGAGUUGAUCGAUUCGGUUCUAGAUGUGGUUCGCAAAGAGGCGGAGAAUUGUGACUGUUUGCAAGGGUUUCAGGUGUGCCAUUCGUUGGGUGGUGGUACUGGAUCUGGAAUGGGAACGCUUCUGAUUUCUAAGAUUAGGGAGGAGUACCCAGAUCGGAUGAUGAUGACCUUCUCUGUGUUCCCAUCUCCCAAGGUCUCUGAUACUGUUGUGGAGCCUUACAAUGCUACUCUGUCAGUUCAUCAGCUUGUGGAGAACGCAGACGAGUGUAUGGUUCUUGACAAUGAAGCCCUCUAUGAUAUCUGCUUCCGUACACUUAAACUCACCACACCCAGCUUUGGUGAUUUGAAUCAUUUGAUAUCUGCAACUAUGUCUGGAGUUACAUGCUGCCUAAGGUUCCCUGGACAGCUCAACUCUGACUUGCGCAAACUUGCCGUAAACUUGAUCCCCUUCCCGCGUCUUCACUUUUUCAUGGUGGGCUUUGCUCCUCUUACUUCAAGAGGUUCUCAGCAGUACAGAGCCUUGACUGUUCCAGAGCUCACCCAGCAAAUGUGGGAUUCCAAGAACAUGAUGUGUGCUGCUGAUCCACGACAUGGACGUUAUCUAACAGCAUCAGCAAUGUUCCGUGGUAAGAUGAGCACCAAGGAAGUUGAUGAUCAGAUGAUGAAUGUACAGAACAAGAACUCUUCCUACUUUGUUGAGUGGAUACCCAACAAUGUGAAGUCAACAGUUUGUGACAUCCCACCAACUGGGCUGAAGAUGGCAUCAACAUUCAUCGGGAACUCGACAUCCAUUCAGGAGAUGUUCAGGAGGGUGAGUGAGCAAUUCACUGCCAUGUUUAGGAGGAAGGCUUUCUUGCAUUGGUACACAGGUGAAGGUAUGGACGAGAUGGAGUUCACUGAGGCUGAGAGCAACAUGAACGAUCUGGUUUCUGAAUACCAGCAGUAUCAAGAUGCAACAGCCGAUGAGGAGGAAUACGAGGAUGAGCAAGGGGAGUAUGAGGAGGAAAUGUAAUUUCUAUCAAGCAGUAGUUUCCUUUGAAUAUCAACUUUGCAGUUAGUGUUUUAUGUAGUAUGUGAAUGAAUUUCUGGUUGAGUGUUUGUGGGACAAGUUUCAAUAUCAACUUCCAGUUGCUGCUUUUGCUGUAACUUUGCUUAUUUCAACAUUAUGGAUUUGUGGUAGUGAUAUUUGCUUUCUAGCAACUUUGGUCUUUA